CUCGUGCUUUGACUCCAGCGGAGACGCGCGAGCGUCUUGUUUUUCCGUUUGUUUCUGCGUCGACACGCGCUCGGUUUUCGCUUUUUUACGUUAUCUGUGUCAGAACGUGUUGCGUUGUUUCGACAUUUUUCGCUCAGGAGGAUAAUUUCGCACAGAACUGAGCAGGAAAUACACAUUUUUUGUAGCGGUGGUGACUCUGGCUUUAGCCUGGAGAGAGUGUUUAUAAGUGCGAGUGAGUUUUUUUUUCUUUUUCUGCUUAAAAGUUUGAUUUUUCUCUCAGAGCUUCAACGUCUGCUUAAAAAGAGAGAUUGCAUCUCAGUAUUUCCUUCAGGGAUUCGGGGCUUUCGUCCCACCACAUACACACACUCACACUCUCUCUCUCUCACACACACACACACACACACACACACACUGAGCUCUCCUGUUGCUCCCCACGCGCUUCGUUCUCACGUGAAGUUUUUUUUAGGAGUGUUUUUUUUCUGAGGGGGAUUUUUGGGGACGUUAGCGUGUUAGCAUGCCCCAGCUAGCUGGAGGUGGUGGAGGUGGUGGAGGUGGAGAUCCUGAGCUUUGCGCCACAGAUGAAAUGAUCCCGUUCAAGGACGAAGGAGACCCGCAGAAAGAGCAGAUCUUCGCCGAGAUCAGCCACUCGGAGGAGGAAGGAGACCUAGCCGAGAUCAAAUCUUCUCUGGUCAACGAAACGGAGGGCAGUCCCAACAGCACCAACCACGAUGCAGCUAGACAGUCCCAAAUAACGCCAGAUUCCUACCAUGACAAACACAGAGAGCACCCAGAUGAUGGGAAGCUCCAGGACCUGUACAGCAAAGGGCAUCCCUACCCAGGUUACCCCAGUUACAUCAUGAUGACCAACAUGAACAACGAACCCUACAUGAGCAAUGGUUCGCUCUCGCCGCCCAUGCCCAGAACGUCAAAUAAGGUUCCCGUGGUGCAGCCGUCUCACGCAGUUCACCCCCUCACACCGCUGAUCACCUACAGUGACGAGCACUUCGCCCCAGGACCACACUCCGGACACCACCCGCAGGACAUCAACUCAAAACACGGUAUGCCCAGGCAUCACACUGGUCCAGAUAUUCCAAACUUCUACUCUCUCUCUCCUGGAGGAGCAGGACAGAUCACCCCACCGCUGGGCUGGUUUUCUCAUCACAUGGUUCCGGGACCUCCUGGACCUCAUGCCACAGGUAUCCCUCACCCUGCCAUAGUCAACCCCCAGAUCAAGCACGAGCCUCCCCAUGAGACUGACCUAAUGCAUAUGAAGCCUCAGCAUGAGCAGAGAAAGGAGCAGGAGCCCAAAAAGCCUCAUAUUAAGAAGCCGCUCAACGCCUUCAUGCUGUAUAUGAAAGAGAUGAGAGCCAAUGUGGUGGCAGAGUGCACGCUGAAGGAGAGUGCCGCCAUCAACCAAAUCCUGGGCCGGAGGUGGCAUGCUUUAUCUCGGGAAGAGCAAGCUAAGUAUUAUGAAUUAGCCCGCAAGGAACGGCAGCUCCACAUGCAGUUAUACCCAGGCUGGUCUGCCAGAGACAAUUAUGGAAAGAAGAAGAAGAGGAAGAGGGAGAAGCUCCAGGAGUCUGCCUCAGGUACAGGCCAGAGAAUGAAAACGGCGUACAUCUGAGCAAUGGAGGAAAACGAGCCGCUUUCUCCUCGUGCAAAGCAAAGGCAGCAGCUACGGGGCCCCUUCUGGAGAUGGAAGCCUGCUAGAUUCCAUGAACCUCUGACCCCACCGCGACCUCUUGAUCCCCGCCGACCUCUUGGAGGGCUCCAGCUCUCAGCGUGCUCCUCUGCUGUAGAGACACUGAACUGAAAACAGACAAUCAUUACUCGCCAAGACACACCAACACACACGCACACAUACUUAGCCCCUUAAUAAACCAGUACACAGACACACACACACACACACACACACACACCUUCGUUUGGGGUUUCUGUUUCAUUUUUUUUGGCUUGUUUGGUUCUUUCUUGAAAUUGCUCCCAAAGUCCAAGUUAUUGCACUGAUUGUUCCAGUAAUUUGUAAAACGCACAUCACCACGCGCACGCAGAGGGAAGAAAUAACCGCACCCCUUCCACACCUGUCCCUAAGUUAUUUUAAGUUAUUUGGCACCCCUGGUUUCUGUAUGUACAGUCCAGUCAGUUCAUUCCAAGCACUGUUUCACUGCCCGUCCCCAGUUCCCCACCUCCCCUUCUAUGUAGCAAUUCGGGGUCCAGACACCCUUUCAGAAGUGUUCGGUUUGCAGCAUGGAGGGAUCAUGUGUUGGCUUGGAAACAUUCUCUCGUUUUUAUUUUUGUUUGUUUUUGUUUUUUUUGACCAGUUGGUGCAAAAAAGGAUCAACGUUCUUAGCUUUCAUUUUAUGAGUUUUAAGUUCAUUUUUGAAUGCUUUUUGUUUUUUUGUUUUUUUUCUGUAUUUUAAAGUUGUUUCAUCUCUUGGUGUAUAUUUUAAGUGAUUUUUAUUUUUUUUUUAAUCUUUAUUUUUUAUAUAUAUAUACUGGUAUAUAUAUGAGAAUAAGCUUUGAGACAGGAAAGCUGUUUUUUUUCUCAUUGAAGCAUCUUGGAGAAAUGACAUUGAAAGGCUUCUUUUUGAUAACUGUUUGUAACUAACAGUGACAUCCCAGUCUUGCUCAGAUGUAAAAUAAUGCUCAGUAUGUGUACUUUCUAAAGAAAUGUCUGGAUAUGUCACUUUUUUUGGUAUUUUUGCAGGCAACAUUAGGACAAAGGUGUUAGAGUGGGUACUCAGAGGCCUAUAUUUUAUUGUUCUAAAUUGACAAAUGAAGCAGAUAUAUAUAUUUACCCCAGCACUUGCCAGUCUCUUUUAUUGCAAUGUUCCUCUGUCCUCUCUAUCUGGUAGGUAAUAGUGUGGUCUUUUGCCAUGUUGUUUAUUACAUGCAAGCAUUUCUGUAACAUUUUAUUAAUUUUAUGUUCUAUUUUUAGUAUUAUCAGAUGCAUUUUUUUAAAAAAAUUAAUUCAUUGUCAUAUUUUGAAUCACUGUCAUCUUGGUUUAGCACUUUGCUUCCAAGUGGUCACAUCUGAACUGUGUUUCUACAUGCCUAAAGAAAAUAAAUAGGAAU